AUGUCAGAAAUGCAUAAUACCGCGGCCUGGCUUCCAGCUGUGGGGGCGAAAUUAGAGCUGCGCCCGGCGCCAAUCUCUGAACCGGGACGAGAUGAGCUCCUCAUCCAGACUGAAGCUGUCGCCGUUCAACCAGCCGAAUACAAAAUCCAGGAUGGUGUCCUUCCAUUCCCGUUGACAUACCCCACAAUCAUUGGCUUGUGCUUCGCUGGGAGAGUAGUCAAAACUGGUCCCGGCGUCACCCGGUUCCAGAUAGGAGACCGAGUUGUGACAAACAGUGCAGGAACACUGCGCAAUGACACGCGCUUUGGAGCCCUGCAGCAGUAUGCGCUCAGUACACAACAGCUUACGGCAAAGAUCGGCGACGCAUCUUUCGAGAAAUCGGCCACGCUCGCCUCCAAUCUCUACGCCGCAAUUAGUGCACUUCUUCUCCAUCUGAAACUGGACAGGCCUGGCUCUGCUCCAGAUUCACAGAAUAAAUCAAAAAAGAUUCUCAUAUGGGGAGCAUCCUCCUCGUUCGGCGCUACUGCCGUCCAGAUAGCUGCCAGCGCCGGCUACUCGGUCGUGGGCGUGGCGUCGGGAUCGAAUGCCGCGCUGGUCACAUCGCUAGGCGCAUCUGAAUUUGUAGACAGGACGGAUGAUUCUGCAACCAAGGCUCUUAUUGCGCUGGGGCCGUAUCAUGCUGUGCUUGCCGCAGCGGAUUCAGCGAAGGACCAGGGGAAGAUCGGCAUUGUGUUGGCCGCGCAAGGUGGUGGCACGUUUCUGUCUACUAUGGGUGUGAGGGCUGGUGUGAAUCUGCCGGAUGGGGUCACUGGGUUCUUCGUCCAGUUCUUAGACGAUUACAUGGACCCGGCAAAUGCGGAGUUCACCCGGUGGGUGUGGUGGGACUAUCUGGAAAAGGUACUGGCAGAUGAUCAGAUGUAUGUGCUUCCGUCUCGAAUUAUGGGAGGAUUGAGCCAGGCUCAGCUAGCUUGGGAUCUUCUCAGACAGGGACGUAUCAGUGCGGAGAGGCUGAUCAUUCAGCCCAAUGCUGAGUAG